GUGCUCCGCGGCACUGAGACAGCUGAGUCACACAUACAUUUAGACCCAGAUAAAUAGAUAUUGUGCGAAAAAGAGCGGCUUCAGUCGAGAAAUUAACCGGGUUACACUGAAUUCUGACCCCAGCUGCCUCUGACAUCGCGUCGAAAGAUGCUGACGGUAACACUAAAGACCCUCCAGCAGCAGACGUUCAAAAUAGAGAUAGACCCCGAAUUGACGGUGAAAACCCUGAAGGAGAAAAUAGAGGAGGACAGAGGAAAAGAUGCAUUUCCUGCUGUGGGACAAAAACUCAUCUAUGCAGGCAAAAUCUUAAAUGAUGACACCCCGCUGAAAGAGUACAAAAUUGAUGAGAAAAACUUUGUGGUGGUCAUGGUUACCAAGCCUAAACCAGCCCCUCCUCCACAAGCAUCCCCUCAGCCAACUCCCCAACCAGCUGCAGCUUCAGCUCCUCCCCCAGCCACAGCCCCAGCUCCAGCCCCAGCUCCAGCCCCAGCCUCUGGCCCAGCACAGACGCCCUCAACACCGACACAUACAGUGUCUGCAUCUACACCUGCCCCACAGUCAGUGCCUCCCUCUGAAUCCCCAUGCUCGGUGCCAGAAAACACCCCGCUGGCUUCUGCUGAAGCAGCAGCAGCUCCGGACUCAAACGCAACCCCAGACUCAGCUCCAGCUCUGGCUUCAGCUGCUGCUGCUGCUUUAGACUCUGCCCCAGCUCCAGCUACUGAAACCGUUCAGACAGCCCCGACCACUGCAGACCACCCUGCCCCUGCUGCCCAGCCAGAAGAGAAGCCAAGGGAAGAGCCUGAGGAUCAGCCAUCUGCCACGGCACCAGUCCCCUCUUCAGCUUCCAGCCUUGUUGAUGAGCUGGGUCUCCUUGAAGAAGCAGCAUCAAUACUGGUGACAGGUCCGGCCUACGAGAACCUGGUGUCAGAGAUCAUGUCUAUGGGUUAUGAGCGGGAGCAGGUAGUUGCUGCGCUUAGAGCCAGUUACAACAACCCAGACCGAGCAGUGGAGUAUCUACUCAUGGGUAUUCCAGCAGAGGCCAGUGAUCUGCCAGCUCAAGAGCCGGUUAGACACAGUGCUCCAUCUAACCCCCCCACCCCUGCUACACAACAACCACAGCAGCCCCCAGCAGCCUCAAACACAGGGCCAGUCUCUGGCAGUCAGCCUCCGUCUGCUGGUGGAGGCUCUGUCUCCACAGGGAACCCUCUGGAGUUCCUGAGGAACCAGCCUCAGUUCCAGCAGAUGAGACAGAUCAUCCAGCAGAACCCAGCCCUCUUACCAGCCCUGCUGCAGCAACUGGGCAGAGACAACCCGCAGCUGCUGCAGCAAAUCACGCAGCAUCAGGAGCGUUUUGUACAGAUGUUGAAUGAGCCACGAGGUGGAGACACGGGAGGAGAGGGUGCUGAGGCCCAGGGGUUACCACACACCAACUACAUCCAGGUCACCCCACAGGAGAAGGAGGCCAUUGAGAGGUUAAAAGCGCUGGGCUUCCCUGAAGGCUUAGUCAUCCAGGCUUACUUUGCCUGUGAGAAGAACGAGAACCUGGCUGCUAACUUCCUGCUACAGCAAUCGUGGGACGACGAGUAACCCGACACCGCCUGACACAUCACCGUUCGACAGAGGGCCGCCGAGUGGAGGACAGCGCUACACAAGGUCCGCCACGGAGGAACAGGGACAGGAGAGGAAGACGACGUUUCUUUUCACGCCAUGUGACUGUAGUCUGACGAUGGUGAUGACGACAAUGACGACAAUGAUGAUGAUGAUGACGACAUGCUGUUCAAAGUUAGCUGUGCUGCCUACUCUCCAUUCAGCUGUGAUGAUCAUUGUAGGAGCUCACACUGAGCUGUGCCUCACUGCUGCUACAUUAUUACUGCUGCUGCUUGUGCCGGGUGAUUACACUGAGAGCAGUCAUGCCAGGAAGUAUGCCAACAGUCUGCAUCACCUUUACAGGGCCAACCGGCUUUUAUUCAGAGGGUUUCCACUGCAGUCAGCUCACAAGCUGCCUGUAGAACAUGUGGUGGAUGUAGACUGCACACAGAAACAGAAUACAUACUACAGUUUGUAGUGACAAAAACAAAAAUUCCACACGUGUGUUUACAGGACCUUCCAUCUUGGAUUUACCUGAAAAUGUGAUGCAAACUGUUGACUUAACUGUUUGAGAGCUAACUUUGCUUUAUAUUAAAGUUCAGGUCUGGUCAUUUCAUUUCUUCUGCUUUUGUCCUUUAAAAAAAAAAAACAAAAAACAAAAACAUAAAAUGAGUCCAAACAGCACAAAUCUAUCAUUCAGAUGUGCAACUGAAAUUGCUGCAGGAGUAUUUGAAACUUUGUUGCUCAUUCCUGCCUGAAAAAGAAAAAUUAGAUAAACUGUAAGAAAUGACAAAGUCAAAGUGUUAGGAUAAUAACUCAAAAUUAUGACUAAGUACAAAACUUGACCUAAGUCACAAUAUGAAAUAGGAAGUGAAGGUCUCAUAAUUUUGGCCUGGUAAGUCAUAAAAUGAAUUUGAAUUUUGUGAUUUAAAAAUAAAAAAUGUUGACAUGGUGUCCAGUUUUGAAAGUUAAAAAUUUACUUUGUGUCUUAUUAUUUUGACUUACUCAUAAGUCAAAAUAAAGCAUUUGACUUUUAACAAUUCUGACUUGAAUCUAUUUUACUUAGGAUCUCUCAUUUUGACUCAAAGUUGAAAUUUUGACUUUUAUUUUGACAUUUUGACUCAGUAUUAUUAUUAUUUUUUGAAUUAUUCCCUGUUAUUAUAGGGAUGAUUUCUUUUUUGGGGGGCAGAAACGGGCUUUCAAAAAAUAUGCAUGUUCAAAGUUAGGGGACAUGUGUUUGCUGUGAGUGAGCUGUGUAAUGUAUGUUGCGGGAGAAGUGGGCACACCCAGAGACAGCACUCAGCUUCAAUUUGUCCUUAUGGUCUUUCACUGUGUAGGGUUUGUUUGUUUGGUUAUUUUGGAGUUUAAGGAAUAUGAUGGUUGAUUAUGAAGUGCCACAUAGCAUACUUUGUGAGUUAAAUAUUUUACUUUGUUUUUUUUUUGUAAGAAAAGUUGUGUUCUUUCUAAACAUUUUCUUGGCUGGAAUGAUCAAGCGCAGUCCACUUCCUGCUUUCAGGCAAUCAAAUUCUGUUCAGUUUGUCUCAUAUCACAUCCUCUAUGCAUCCUGAAGCUGUAAGAAUUUGAGCCAUUGCUCCUUCAUGCCUUAUUGGUAGUUAAAAGACGUUUCAUUUUACUGAAUAAUAGUGUUGUAGUUUACAAAACAGUGUUUCAGAUAUUUCACAGGUGAGUGUCGUGGGAUUGGCGGUCAUCAUUAGACUUUUAAUUAUUGAUAAUCAGCUAUUGUUUCAAAAGUGGACAAAGGGGAAGUUGAAUCAUUGCUAAAGCCAAAACAAAAAAGGAAAAUUCUUCAGCAUUCAGCAUGUGCUUUGCUGUUUCUCCUUUUACUUUUCUUCAUUUUGUUUGAACUGGAAAUGACUGGAAGUUUUGUAUUAUAUUGUAAACAGGGUAUAUAAACUUUGGAGAUAGAAAAAAAAGGCACUUUACUGUGACAAAUGCUGCUCUAGCUGUGAGGGAUUGUUGGUUGCAUGAGAUUGUUAUUUAUAGCAUGGCAGUGGGUCAGGAAUGAUGAAACCACCAGUGUGGUGUUGCUCUGAUCUCAGUUUACCUGUAGUUUUGUUUUCUUUUGGGGUUUAUAUAAGAAAAAACGAAGUAGUUACAACCUUAAAUACACCAGUUGAGGUUUUGCUGAAUAGUUGUGAAAAACUUUUGUUUCACCAUUGUGUAAAAUAAAUGGCUUUUACAAAGCG